UUCAAAAUUUUUAAUUUUACGUUUGUAGACAUGAUUUGAAUGCGUUAAUCAUAGCUUAUAAAUAUUAUAUUAUAGAAAUGUAUCCUUACUCCUGUUCUGAAUAUUUUUAUACUGGAUUAGCUUUACUCAUAUUUGCCGGUUGGUGGUUUGUAUGGAGCCUUCAUAUUCUUUCAAUAUUAUAUGGUAAAUGGCGAUUGAAUAGACCGACCAAGAGUUUACACGCUUCCCUAUGCCACGCUUCCAAUAAUUACCAGACCCUAAACGAUAGCGAUAAUCAAGUCAAGACAACUUGCUCGGACGCUAUUCGGAUCGACGAAAAACUUAGCAAUGAGAAGAAAGCAGCAGUAAACGAUAUCGAUCUAGCGGCGAAUAAACGGAAAAAUGCCUGCUCCUUACUCCAACCCAUGGCGAGCGAGGAAGAGGAUGAUUGGAAGCAAAUUCUUGUGAAUAUUCCCGGAAACACUAUCGAUGAUAACAAUCAGAUGAUAUCCGGUCUUCAUCACAAAUCUAAGCACUUGCGCAGUUUAUCGACCGGGUGCAAUCAUCAGAAAAAUUCGCUAAGCCUGAUCACGAAAACGCGAAUCAACAAUGUUCACUCGUCUUAUUCCGAUUCCAACACGGCAUCAUCUUAUUCUUAUCAUUACCGCUCACUGUCGGGGGGCAUAGCGGAGCUAACCCAACCGGAAGUGCCUCCAGAAACAAAGUUAAAUGACACAAGCCAACAAAUCCAUAAAACCGUCUCAUCAGUAUCACCAUUCAAUACUCACGCCAAUCCGACCAGUCCCGUGCUUACCUCGAACGAAGGAAUGAUAACGAUAGACAUGACUACGUUAGGUGACGGACUUAUAGAAUCUCACGUGCCCGGAGUCACCAUCAUAAAACCUUUGCUCGGCUUUGAUCCCAACCUGGAACUAAACCUACGAACCUUUUUCUUGCUCCAUUAUCCUAAAUUUGAAAUCAGCUUUUGCGUUCAAGAUUACGAAGACCCCUGCAUCAACAUAGUGAAAGGAUUAAUGAUGAAAUUCCCUCAUGUCGACGUCUCCCUAUUCCUAGGGAGUCCCGAGAUCGUAGUGAAUUCCAAGAUAAACAACAUGAUCCCGGCCUUCGACGCUGCCAAGUACGAACUCAUUCUAGUGUCGGAUGCGGGAAUUAUGAUGCCGGAGAACUCGUUGACAGAAAUGGUAUAUUCGAUGACGCGUGGCGUGGGGCUGGUACAUCAAAUGCCGUUCACCGCUCCCAAUCGCGGUUACUCUUUUCCCGCCGUUCUCGAAAAGGUCUACUUCGGAACUGCCCAUGCCCGUAUUUACUUAGCUUCCGAUUUCCUCGGCAUCAAUUGCUGCACGGGCAUGUCCAGCCUCUACAGGAAACGUAUACUAUCGUCCGCCGGUCUGGCCUCGUUUGGUAAGUAUCUCGCGGAGGAUUAUUUUAUGGCCCGGGCCGUCCGGUCAGCGGGGUACAAGCACCGUAUCAGUCCUGGUCCGGCUCUACAAAAUGCCACUCCUACUUCUGUCAGGGCAUUUCAGGAAAGGCUCGUUAGAUGGAGCAAGUUAAGGUUCACGAUGGUUCCUGUUACCAUAUUAUUCGAACCCCUGAGUGAGUGCUUGGUACUGGGAUUGUUGAAUAGCUGGGCCGUUUUUUAUCUAUUCGAAUGGAACAGUUUGGUGUUCUUCGCGAUUCAUUGCCUUGUUUGGUUCUUGCUCGAUUACGCCUUGCUCAGGAUCGUCCAAAACGGUAAGUUACCAUUUAGCCGAACUCAAUUUCUAUUGGCCUGGUGUUAUAGGGAAUUAUCGGCGCUACCACUUUUCCUCGUGGCACUAAAUACUUCGGUUCUCAAGUGGAAAAAUAACACAUACCGACUCAAAUGGGGAGGGUACGUGGAGAAAAUUAAUGUACCUUACCCUUCUUCGAACAACUACAAGAAUGGUCGAUCCAAUUUGGAAAAUCUCAAAAUUUAUUAAACGGGGUUUCCCUAUUUAUUCAUUCGUAACUCACCUGCCACCUUUUUAAAUAAAUAAAAAUCUCUGAUAAAAUAUCCUCACUCACCCCCCCCCCCCACUCCACCUCCCUCCUUCUAUUUAUUUGUAAAUAAUCAUGUGCCAUUACAAAAUACUUUAUAAAAUAUUUAUAUAUAUAUUAAUUUUUUUUAUAUUUUAUUGAUAAAUCUUACAAAAAAAAUUUAUUAUUUUUUUUUUAAAAAAAAAAGUAUAUUUUAGGCCAUUUUUUUUAGUUUUUUUUUUAAAAACUUUGUGAUUUGUAAUAAGUU